AUGAAGAGAAAAGUAAGCAACAUUUUUGAACAAAUAAUUUUAAACAGUAGUGCUAUUGUAAACAGUGCUGCAGAGACGUUCUUCGCUGAGAGUCGCCGCGGUUUCCUGCUUCAACAGUGCUUGGACGGAACCCGGCGCUCGUCCCCCACCCCGGCCGGCCGCCUACAGCCAGCCCUCCGUCACCUCCACACCGGGUCCUCGGAUCGUCCCAAGGCCCCCGCCUCUCCAGCGCCGCGCAGCCACCGCCGUCGCCGCCUCUCCUUAGCCGCCGCCAUGACGACCGCAUCACCUUCGCAGGUGCGCCAGAACUACCACCAGGAUUCAGAGGCCGCCAUCAACCGCCAAAUCAACCUGGAGCUCUACGCCUCCUAUGUUUACCUGUCCAUGUCUCAUGAGGAGAGGGAACAUGCCGAGAAACUGAUGAAGCUGCAGAACCAACGAGGUGGCCGCAUCUUCCUCCAGGAUAUCAAGAAACCAGACCAUGAUGACUGGGAGAGCGGGCUGAAUGCGAUGGAGUGUGCAUUACAUUUGGAAAAAAAUGUGAAUCAGUCACUACUGGAACUGCACAAACUGGCCACUGACAAAAAUGACCCCCAUUUGUGUGACUUCAUUGAGACGCAUUACCUGAAUGAGCAGGUGAAAUCCAUCAAAGAAUUGGGUGACCACGUGACCAACUUGCGCAAGAUGGGAGCACCCCAAUCUGGCUUGGCAGAAUAUCUCUUUGACAAGCACACCCUGGGAGACAGUGAUAAUGAAAGCUAAGCCUUUGGCUAAUUUGGCUAAUUU